UAUUGUGUAGUUUUCCAAUUAUGCUUGUGGAUUUUGGACUACUGAACAGUGUGUUGUUUUUUCCUAGUCGACCAGCGAUCACUACCAUCUCCGCGGAACCUCUGGACGACAACAACUGGUUCUCAGCAUCGCCCGUGGUCUUUCCUUCCUCCCCUCCAUCCAGCUGGACUGCAGAAAUCCAGGCCCCACCGUCCUAUGAUCAGGUGAUUCAAGAAAAGACCCGAGAGGACCACAUUGUUCGGCCCACUGCAGCCCCCCGGCGUUCCUCUGACUGUACCAGCACCACCUGCUCCACACAGACCGACCCCAUCAGGGAUAAAUCAGCCGGUAAAAAGCCGCAAAAACCUCCAAGACCAUCCUUGUCCAGACCUGAAUGCUCUUCUGAAAGUGGUCCACUCAAAUCACAAGAAAGCUGGGACUCAGGAGAUCAGUGCACCAGAUCGGUCACCUUCCACUGGGAGACGACUGCGCCACCUGACCCACCUCCUAGCGCGACGACUUAUUCUGUUCCUGCUUUAGAACUGAGACCUGUUCCGCUUCCUCGCAUAAAAUCGAGAAAACAGACAGAAGAUAACAUUCAGACAUUGAUCAAAUUUGAAGACAAUGAGGUCCCCACAGAUGCAGCAGAUGUCUCCUCGAAUGAGUAUCUGAAAGAGCUGCUGGAGGUAUUUAGUUCGAACAGAGACCAAACAAAUCAGGAGGAACAAGUACAUGGAGAGAUGAACAGUCAGCGAAACAUCCAGGCCAGGAUCAAGGCCUUUGAGAGCCAGACUGCCCCUGAGGAUGGGAGUGCCAGUGAACCGAUCAAACCGCAGACUCUUCCCAGAAAGCCUGUGAAGCCGACGCUGGUGUCUGUUAAUCCUCCGCUGGCGGCCAGAUCUCUGUUGGUUCAAGACAGUCAAAAUGUAUCAAGCCACGAUCAGACGCCAGUUUUCAAACCUCAGCUACCCCAGAAAUCUGCUGGAAAGCCCACGCGAGAGGAAUUGGAGACCCUGCUCACAAAAGGUGGACCCCCGCACAAGUCGCACCCUGCAGUGUUAACCAGGGACUACAGCAUCCACGAUGAGGAGCCUCCUUUGCCGCCAAGACCGCCAGUGAACCACCCCAAGGAACCACUGAAGCCCAAUCUCAACAUCAACAACCACAAUUCCACCACCGUCCUCGGAGAUGCCGAAUAUGUUGACACUCCGGCAAAUCCCGCUCCUAUCAAGGCGAGACCAGCUGUAACAAGAAGGCCCACCACCAUCAGAGUCCCCAGCCAAAUUGUCACAGAGAGUCUUCAGGGCAAUCCUCCUCCACUUCCCGCUCGGAAACCUGUAGGCUCCCUAAACACUACGACCAUCCCCAAGCAAAGGUCCUUACCCAGCAUCCCAACACAGGAAUUGUUAAGGAACAAGCAGGUUCCAUUGCUACCAAAUCAGCGGGAAAAUAUAAGAAAACCUCUCCCGCCGCGCCCACCUCCAGCCAAACCCAGUCCGGGACGACCUCCGCCACCCAAUGUGCAGACCACCAAGCCCGCCAAAGGAUUUCUCCUGCCUCCCAGACCGGUCCAGGGCCACCGUCUCUACGACAAAUACACCCUUCCGCACGGAUCCGCCGCCUCGGACUUUAACAGCAGCCGCACAGGAGAAUUCUCAUUUCAGGCUGCAGGUCCCACUUGUCAGCAAGAAAAUGGACUAAAGGUUCAAGCCUUGCAUGACUUCAUUCCAGAGGGUCCAGGAGAGCUGGGCUUGAAGGCCGGUGACAUCAUCAACAUGGUGGAGCGUGUGGACAGUGAAUGGUACAGGGGCACUUGUAAAGGAUCCACAGGUUACUUCCCAGUUAACUUCGCCAAAGUGCUACCAGAUGCACCAACAAAACCUGUUCCUGAGAAGAAACAAAAGCCAAUUUCUGUCACCUGGCCAAGAUCCGUGGCCCGUGAUUUCGAGGGUGAGAGUGGCGAGGAGUUGUCGUUGGCGGAGAGCGACGUGGGCAACGAGUGGGCCCACGGUCAGAUGGGCGCCACUUCCGCCGUCGAAGAUCUGCCACCACCACCCGCUCUGCAGCAGAGUCGGACUAAUCCCAACUGGGUCGCUUUGCCAGGCAUGACCAAUUGUGCCAGUAAGCAGCCAGAGGUGGUCAAACCGGCUCAGUCCUCGGUGGAGUGGGUCCUGGCUCGGCACGACUUUGACGGCAAGGCGGAGGACGAGCUGUCCUUCAAGCGGGGCGACUGCAUCCUCAUCACCAAGCACAUCGACGGCGAUUGGAGCAGUGGAAGACUGAACGGCAAAGAAGGACUCUUUCCCAAGGCUUUUGUGGAGAGUCGCGCAGGUCCAAAGUUGUCGAAUAAUAACCAGUUUGAAGUGGGUGUCGUGAAGGGAAGGGCCAUGUACGACUUCACAUCUGACUGCGAUGAAGAGCUCUCUUUGCAGGUCGGGGACGUCAUCAUUAACCUGGAGUCCAUGGAUGACGAAUGGUUCCUGGGUGAUUUGAGGGGUAAACGGGCCCUCGUGCCAAAAAACUAUGUUGAAGUGCUCUGAUGUACUGACUCAACUACUUGUUGUAUUAAAAUGCAGUGUUUGACAUCACUAAAUAUUAUCUGCUGCAUUAGAUUUAUAAUUAUGUUACUUGUGUUAUUUGAGUACUAAUUGUGUAAUAAAAGUUGAAUACUGACACUA